AUGGCUCAGAGGAGUUUAUUAUAUCUAUUUGGUGCCACAGGCAUGGUGCAAAUUGUGAGGGCGGUGAUCAAUACCACAGACUGUCCUGUUGUUUUGGACACUCCAAAUGGAACCAUGCAACCAACUGCUGUUCUAGCGAAGCACGAGUCAGCUUUACUAAUACUCCUCGGGUUUGGAGGAUUCUCGCUCAUUCUUGCUCUUGUGCACAACGCCAUUAGGAAACACAUAUUCCAUGAUGAACGCAACCUGGAUACUACGUUUGACGCCGGAGGAGAUAUUACUCUCAGUCUGACGGCUGUCACUGUGGCGUCACAGAUGUUCUGGCCAGCCGACAUUCUUCAGAGUGCCACAUUGGCAACAAAGCUUGGCAUUUCGGGAACAUUUUGGUAUGGAGUUGGAGUGAUCAUUAACAUCUUCAUAUUUCCUGUUUUCUCUGUGCAAUUCAAGACACGCGCACCUGGAGCCAAAACUUACCUUCAGAUCAUUCACGCAAGAUUUGGAACGAAAGCCCACAUAGUGUUUUGCUGCUUUGCACUCGUCACCAAUUUUGUUAUCAUGACAGCGGUAUUGUUGGCGGGAAAAACAGCCAUCCAAUCACUGACCGAAAACGUAUCAGAUGAAUAUACACUUCUUGUCAUGGCCGCCUUAUUUGGAUCCUACUCGCUGAUUGGCGGAAUAGGAACAACGUUUUAUGUGUCUUACUUCAAUGCUUGUCUUGCUUUUGUAGUAUUAACUAUUUUCUUUACAGAAGUUCUUUACACAAACAGUAGCGGAUUUCCAAAUUUAGGUGAUGUAUCUAAAAUGUACAGUAUCGUUUCUUGUGUUGAGGGAUCGGGCGGCAACAAUUUCAUGACUUUCCAAUCUGAAAGUGGAAUAGUGUAUGGGAUAGUAGGGUUUUUUGUUGCAUCUUCAAUAGUUUACUGCGAUCAGGCUGCAUGGCAAAGUAGAAUUGCUGCCAAACCAAUGCAGGGAGUUUGGGGGUUUAUACUGGCCGGUCUCAUGUGGAUAGCUAUCCCCUCCACCCUCGGAAACACAACGGGGAUGGCCUACCUGACAUUUAGUGCCGAAAAUGGAACGCAUCUCCUCACUGCUAGUCAGAUUGAUGAAGGGCUGGUGUCUCCUUUAGUCGCCGAGAAAGUUCUGGGACCAGCUGGCGGCAUCAUGAUCUUAUGUAUGGUGUUCAUGGCCGUGAUGUCGACGGGGUCAGGAGAGGUGAUGGCCAUCUCGUCCAUCAUCGUUUACGACUUCUACCAGACCUACAUUCGUCCCUUCCGGAGAAAUGUUCCACCCGCCCACUGUGUGCUGUGUGGCAAGGCCAGCACGGUAGAACCCAACAUUGAGACUGAGGAAGCAGAUAUCUGUCAGUGUCCGAGCGCCAUCAAUUGCAAACAGUGCUCAGAAGACAUUCUAUCUGCCAAUAGACCUGCGAAUGGUGGCCGGCCUACACAUAAGUGUCCAGUCCAUGGUCUGUUUAGGACGUACCAAGAUUACCUUAUCGACUUCAAGAGCUGGUGUAUUGUAUGGGUGUCCGUGUGUAUAAUACCUUUCGGAUUGAUCAUAUUCUCCAGUGGUAUAGACCUUAACUGGACAUUUUUCGUCGGCUCGAUCGUCACCAUCCCCGCCUUCCCGGCUGUUGUUUUAGCUAUUAUGUGGGUAAAACAAACACCUGAAGGGAUAAUUGCAGGUGGUAUGACGGGACUGCUGGCUGGUAUAGCUGCUACACUGAUAGCUGCGACAAGAUAUGACGGAGGCCUCACUAACUUUGUCGUUAAUACAUCACAGGAGUACUCUAUCCUGGCAGGAAGUUGCAGCAGUUUCGGAUUCAGUUUGAUCGUAUGUAUUAUAGUGUCUUCAUUCACACACAAAAUUAAAACGAAAGCCGACGCUGAUGCAGAGUGGCAGAAAAUGUACGAUAUUGAUAACCCACUUAAUCCAUGGGAGCAGAAUUACCGGGAGGAGCUCAAACACGAAGUGUACGACAAGAAACCGUCGUUUGAUCAAAUGUCGACCACCUUCCGUCGGACCAGAAUUAUCGCAUACGUCAGCGGAGGCGGCAGUAUAAUUCUAUUUACCUUCGUCAUUCCCGGUAUCAUGGCGAGCUUCCCUGCCCUCGACGAAACUCAAUUCAAGGUCUGGAUAGGGCUUACACAGGCAUGGACUGUAUUUAUGGGAGUCAUUGCCAUUGUGGCACCACCUGUUGAGGAAAUAUUGAAGAUUCGGAAACGACGUCGUAUAAACCAAACACAAGAUGCAAAAGUUCUAAUGGUGUGUGAGUGA